CUCACGCUGUAAACAGUCAAGCCGAAAAUCAUUCGAGCUAAGCUAGUUUACACAACCACACCGAUACAGGAUGGUUACGUGAGGGGGAAAUAUGAAAGUACAUCGCCGAAGCAUAUUUAUCUUGGUCAUUUUUGUGUAUGUGGCAUUCUCCCUAUAUUCUGCAUACAAUGUGUUUUUUAGCACUAGGGUCGUUUCCCGUGUUCACAGAGUGGUGAAGAAAGCAGGUGGAACUACAGGUACCAUAAAAGUUGGUGUCAAAGCUAGAGUGGUUGCAGCAUCGUUUGCAGGGGAUGAAGAGUGGAACCCGUGGCAAGAGGAGCAGGCGGAUUAUCUAUCUGCACUGAACAAGCGAAGAGAGGCCUUCAGACAAUACCAAGAGCGCGUUGACAAAAACCGGCCCAAAAGAUAUAAAGUACAAAUCUGGGGGAAAGCUGCUAUAGGACUUUACCUUUGGGAACAUAUAUUGGAAGGUCCCCUCAAGCCCAUUGACAGAACUGCACAGUGGAGAGAAGGGGACGUACAGGCAGGGAAGAUCGAUUUCAGUUUCUACACGGGCCCAGCUGUAGUCCAAGGGCAUGUUCCUUUGGACACAGACAGUGUUGUUGUUGUGCUGAACGGCCGUGAGCAGCAGAAGAUAUCCUACGCCACCAGAUGGCUCCAACAUGUGCAGACCCUGGUCCAGGCUAACACGGAGGCCCACGUGGGGGUGGUUCUGCUGGGCAGCGAGCACUGCACCAACGACUGGAUCAGCCCCUACUUGAAGAGGCACGGUGGCUUUGUGGAUCUGCUGUUCCUGGUCUACGACAGCCCCUGGGUCAACAACAAGGAUGUCUUUCAGUGGCCACUAGGAGUAGCCACGUACAGACAGUUCCCUGUCGUCACCCCGAACACACACAUGGUAAGCUCCAACAGGCCAUACCUCUGUAACUUCCUGGGAACCAUCUACAAGAACUCCUCCAGGGAGACGCUGGUGGGCGUCCUGAAACAGGCCGACCUGGAGAAGGACUGCAUCAUGACCGCUAGAGAGAAGUGGUUGCCCCAGGAGACCGCUGACAGCUUGAGGCGCUACCAGACGGCCCUGGCUCAGAGUGAGCUCACCCUAUGUCCCGUGGGCAUCAACACAGAGUGCUACCGCAUCUACGAGGCCUGCUCCUACGGCUCUGUCCCGGUGGUGGAGGACGUCCUGACCCCCGGUGGCUGCUCUGCCGGGCCCAGUUCCCCGCUACGCCUCCUGAAGGAGGCCGAAGCCCCCUUCAUCUACAUCCAGGACUGGAGAGAGCUGCCUGGCAUCCUGGAGGAGGAGAGGAGGAGGAACCCGCAGGAGAGGACGGAGAGGAGGAGGAGGCUGCUGGAGUGGUACAGUAACUUCCGGCUGCAGAUGAAGGACAGGUUCACUGAGGUCUUAGAGGAGGCCUUCUUUAAAAACGUCUGAGUGCACACAGCUGCCAGAGAAACGUAAACAUGAGGUGCUUCCGUCUUUUUGUUUGUGCAAAAAAUCAACCACGUCGUCCACAGCACUUCUCCCACACACACACACACGUCUAACCUCUAAACACUAAUUAGGCUUACAAGGUGAACCGUGUAAAGUAUCGGGUGAGAAGUAUUUUGUUUCAUCCCAAAUGUUGCAUAGGCCUAUACUUGUUUUUCUAGUCAGUGGUCUAUCUUACAUUUACAUUUAGCAGACGCUCUUAUCCAGAGCGACUUACAGUAAGUACGGGGACAUUCCCCCGAGGCAAGUAGGGUGAAGUGCCUUGCCCAAGGACACAACGUCAG